AUCGAAGGUCGAGCAGUUACUUUCGGAACGCGACUUAAAUGUCGACGAUCGUAUUGCGCAUAGUACCGCAAGAGAGCGUAGCAACCAGUGAAAAAAAUGGUGGUUAUUUGGGUGUAGUCGGGAGAUUUUCUGCAACACAAAUGUGAGUACCGGCAGAUUAAGGGAUUACGAGUGCUGUUUGUCAGUGCACCACAAAGCUAAUAUGAUCAGGUUUAUAUCGGAGGUAAUGAGAAUAUUAAAAAUAAACUGGAUAUUCGAUAAUUUCACUUGGAUAGCUCGGCAUUGGUAUGAGGGUACUGUUCGUCUUCGCAUGACAAGUACCAACAGUCUUUUUGCUCAAAUUUAUCAGUCAAAAUUAUAUGAAAAAGUCAUAAUUUUUCUGGAAAUAGAAAAAAUUUAACUUCUAUUACGCUUUUCUAAAACUCUUUCGGUUAGACAAUAUGUAAAAUAUAUAAGGACACGAUAUUUUUGAGAUAGAUGUCACAUUAUCUCGGUGUCUCUCUAUGUGCGUGUACGAUUGUGUGCAGUUAUUUGAUUUGCGGCGUGCGAGUGUAUUACUUCCUUCUACUUCGUGUGACAUGCAUACGCUGUGCGUACAGCAUGCGGCGCAAUGGUGCUCGUGAGAUACGUAUAUACAUACAUACGUAAAGAUGUACUAUAUACUGACCGACUAUAUACUGUCAACAUUUUUCGAGUCUGUCCCAUGAUACUUAAUUACAUUCUACGCCUUUAGUGUGGUAAAUCCUUUCCUUCGCGGUCCGUUUAUCUGCAUUUUGCGUUGCAAUUUAAGCGACCGGACUAAGAUGAAUAUUUGCAUAUCUUUGCUAUAUGAUUUAGACUAUAGAUAGUAUGUAAUAUAUAACUUCUGUGCUAAUAACGACGGUAGUUCCUCUUAUAUUUAUUGGCAAGUGGAUGUGAUCAGCAUUGUUCUAUUGAUGAAGUUAAAUUUAUAUAAUCUGUGUGAAUGUUUGUGGAAGAAACACAAUGUGGAGUUGCAGUAUGUACCCAAAAUUAGGACAGGAUAAUUUUCUAUCUUCAAACGAACUUUAAUCUAUUUGUUUUUCAUUAUCAGAAAACUGUUUCAAGAAGUCCUAUGUGCAAAAUAGGACUGAAAAAGUCACGUUCGUUGUGUGCUGUAUUUUUUUUAAAUAUGUCAAUAAUUUUGAUUUUGCAUUAUUGCACACAAAACCAACAAAUCUAUUGGAUUAAAAGCCAUUCCUACAAUAAGAUUGUGAGAUGUUAAAAACCAGUUUAAGAAAAGACCUAAUAUUACAGAUUGUUUUUGUUACUUAGUUCUAAAUGGGUCAUAUCAAGCUUUUUGUUUUAAAAUGGUAUAUAAAAGGACAGCAAAUAAUUUAAAAGACUACACCUUGGAGUCUUGGAGGUGUUUUAUAUGAUUUCAUCGAGUGAUCUGGCAUGACACAUUUAUUAAGACUUAAGAAUUAUGGAAAUUAUGUAUAAAGUUAAGAUUAUUGGAAAAGAAAUAUUAUAAAAAUUUCUUCGAUUCUUUGCAUCUUUGAAGACAGGCUUGCUUGAAACCAUACAUUAUAAUUAAUCAUAAAAAAGAAAUCGAAGAAAAGCAAUAUUAAUUACUUAUCUAUUGAGUAAAAGUAAAAAUACUAACAUUCAAAAUUGGUCAACAUUUUAACCAGCAAACUCUUAAAAGUUGGUUAUGUGCAAUGCCGAGAUGUUGCAAUGAAAACAAGGCAGUGAGUUCGGUGCGUAGUAGUCAGAAACACAGCAGUGAAGAUAUUGUGCUGACACAAACUCAAGCUUUUGCGAUUGGAAAUCAAUUAGAUUUGGAAGAAGAGUCACCAGUGGUUGAAAAAUCACAUAGAAGAGUUCGUUGUGAUCUGAGUCCUGUACCAACAAACACGAAUUCUAAUUUGAAUAUCAAACUUUUAAAUAUUAAGACUGAUAGAAGUACUCGUCCAGAACAUCAGGUGAGCACUGGAUCUGGUGGGUACAGAGAACGAGAAAGGGAGGCUAAAAAGAGAGCAGCUAUAGGCAACACAGUGCGUGGUCUUCUCUCAUCUGGCCACAGCAGGCAGGACAGGUAUGAGACAAACAGGCAACGUUCAUCAGGUGGUACCAGCGGUGGCCUGUCUAGUUUAUGUCCUAAGCUGGUGGCCAGUGGGGGUGGUAGCAGCCAGGGUGGCAUUGGUUUGUCAGUGGGCCACUUAGCCUCUCAAGAAGGAGGAAGUCCUUGUACAGUUGUUACAACACAAAGAACUCACAAUCAUUCGCAUAAUCAUAGACGCCAAAGAAAGUUGUCCAUUGUUUCUCAAACUGCUUCUAGUUCCGGUAGCUCUUCUGAGAGAAAGACUCUAUCAGGCAUAAGUCGCUCUUCUGCUACAAUCUGCAAAAAGCAAAUUCGAAUGCAGCGAGCUGAUCAAAAUGCAGAUUCAUUGUCUAUAACUAGCAACGGUGUUGCAACUAGUUCACCUUCUUCUAAGAAGAAGGUUCUGUCUGCUCGUAUUUCAGAAAAGUCGUCUCCUCGGAGUCAAGAUUCAUCCUCUCUAGAUCAUGAAAAUGAUCGCAGCUUUAGUGAUGCAGAGGAGGCAAUUACUGCAACAGAGAAUGUGUUCAAAGUAUCGGGAUGUAGUUCUACACCUUCCACACCAAUGAGUAAAGUAAAAUCGAAAAGAAUAAAUAAAGAUGAAGUGAAUAUAGAACCGAAUGUACAUUUAGAGUGCACAGAAUUAUUGAAACAUAAUAUCUCAAAAAUGUUUUCUGGUAUUAACGAGAAGGACACAUCUGCAACAGAAAUUUCAGAAUGUACCACAACAGAUACAAUAGAGCCAAAAAUGAAGAAAGAUAAUAUUAGCGAAGAUUUUGUUGGACACAGCAAUAAAAAAAUAUCCUCGUCUUCUGGUGCAAGUAAAAGAAAUAAUGAUGGGGACAAAUCUUUAAGAUCUAAAAGUAAAUCUAUUCCACAAGAUGUUAACAAAUUACAUAAUUCUAAAACAAUAGAAGAAAUUGAUAUAAAAAGUAAUGUAGAUCCUACAACAACGUCCACAGAAACGUCCAUAAAUACUAUGAAUACAAAUCCAAAAGAAAAAUCAUCUAAUAAUUGCUCUGAAUCUGCUGCUGUAAAUAGUUUAGAAAUGGAAGCAAUGCCUAAAGACUGUAAUAAAGAAAAAUCAAAUGAGGAGAUAGUAAAAAAUUCCAGAUUUGUUACAUCUAAAGUUUCUGAAGAAGUGAUAGAAUCAGAGGGUAAAGAAACAGAGACACAAAGAGUUGAAGAUGAAUGUGUAACAAUUUAUGAUGAAGAUGAUAAUGGCACUAGUAUUAGUGAUAUAGUAGCAGCUCAAGCACUUCAUGAGUCUUUGAGUAAAUUAGGGAAAGUUCCACCAAUGGAUACAGAUAUAGAAGUAAUGAAGGAUACAAACUUACAAGAAGAAACGGAUAUAGAGAAAAAUUCUCAGAAAGAAGCAGUUACACAAGAAGAGACUGUCGAAGGUUUCAUUGGCCCUUUGCUCGAUGAAAAUUUUAAAGCAGAUGAAAAAUUAAGUCAAAAAGCAAUGGCUAUGGAAGAAGUACGCAAUUUAUUAAUGAAAGCAAAAAUACAAACAGUUGAAGAUGAUGAUGAUGAAGAAAAAGCAAUAGGUAUCUCACCUGAUGGAAGGUUCCUAAAAUUUGAAGAAGAAAUCGGACGUGGUAGUUUCAAAACUGUUUAUCGUGGUUUAGAUACUCAAACAGGAGUAGCUGUUGCUUGGUGUGAACUUCAGGAGAAAAAAUUAAAUAAAACAGAAAGACUGAGAUUUCGAGAAGAAGCAGAAAUGUUAAAGGGACUCCAACAUCCUAAUAUUGUUAGAUUUUAUGAUUAUUGGGAAGUCACGCUUACACGUAGAAAAUAUAUUGUACUAGUCACAGAACUUAUGACAUCAGGAACGCUAAAAACGUAUUUAAGAAGAUUCAAGAAAAUUAAUCCAAAAGUUGUAAAAUCUUGGUGCCGUCAAAUUCUCAAAGGCCUUAGUUUUUUGCAUUCUAGAUCUCCUCCAAUUAUUCAUCGUGAUUUAAAAUGUGAUAAUAUAUUCAUCACUGGUACUACAGGCAGUGUGAAAAUCGGUGAUUUAGGAUUGGCAACAUUAAAAAAUCGGAGUUUUGCAAAGAGUGUUAUCGGUACACCAGAAUUUAUGGCACCAGAAAUGUAUGAGGAACAUUAUGAUGAAUCAGUCGAUGUCUAUGCAUUUGGAAUGUGUAUGCUUGAAAUGGCUACAAGUGAAUAUCCAUAUUCUGAAUGUACAGGUCCAGCACAGAUAUACAAACGCGUUGUUUCGGGUGUUAAACCUCAGAGUUAUGAUAAAGUGGAAAAUCCAGAAGUACGUGAAAUUAUCGAGAUGUGCAUUCGUUUGAAAAAGGAAGAACGACCUCUAGUUAAGGAUCUUUUAAAUCAUGAAUUUUUCGCAGAUGAUAUAGGAUUAAAAUUGGAGAUGGUGUCACGUGAUUCAGCUGUAGCAGAUGCUGAAUUAUCGCGCGUAGAGUUUAGAUUGAGAGUUUUGGAUCCAAAAAAACGGACAAACAAACAUAAAGAAAAUGAAGCAAUUCAAUUUGAUUUCGACAUUCAAGCUGAUAACGCGGAAGAAGUUGCCUCAGAAAUGGCUAAAUCGAGUCUUAUAUUAGAAGAAGAUGCCAAAGCAGUAGCUAAAAUGUUGAAAUCACAGAUAGCUGCUUUAUUACGAGAAAGAGAAGAGCGACGUGCUAAAGAAGAAAAAGAACGUCUAGAUAGAGAAGCUGAUACAACUACCACAUCUGCUGAAAAUAUUUUACAACAACAAUUAAUAUUACAACAAAUGCAAUUACAACAACAACAAAUUCAAUCUGGUAUGGGUAUACCAAUGCAAGGUCAGGUACAAAUGCAGUUACAACCAAAUCAAAUACCAUUACAACAGCCGCAGUUGCAAUCAACUUCUCAACCAGGCCAACAACAUAGUUUACAACCUCAACAAGUACAGUUGGUUCAACAGCCUCUUCAGCAACCACUUAUGCAGCAACAAACAUCAGUAGUUCAGCCUCAACAGGCUCAGCAGAUACAACAAGCAUCACAAGCUGCACAACAAGUGCAAUAUCAACAACAGCCACAAUACCAGCAAUUACAACAGCAAUAUCAACAACAGCAGUUUUCGCAACAUGUUCCACAAAAUUUGAAUGCAAAUUCGCCACAGUGUUCCACUCCUCAAAAUGUUCAGGCCCAACCCCAGUUUCCUCCAGUAACACAGCAAAUACAACAACAGCAAAUACAGCAGCAGCAACAAAUACAGCAACAGCAGCAAAUACAGCAGCAGCAACAAAUACAACAGCAACAACAAAUACAACAGCAACAGCAUCAGAUACAACAACAGCAGCAGCAGAUACAGCAACAACAGCAAAUUCAACAGCAGCAGCAGCAGAUACAACAGCAGCAGCAACAAAUACAACAACAACACAUGCAUCAACCUCAACAAUAUAUUCAAUUAAAUCAAAUGAGUGUACCGCAGCAAUUAACGCACCAAAUUCAACAACAAUUACAAUCUCAAGUUCAGAUGUUGCCACAACAACAGCAUAUGCAUCAGCAACCUCAGCAGCAAGUACAAUAUUCGCAAUCUCAAAUGCAGCAUAUUCAACAGGUACAUCAACAUCCAGUUGGUUCUCCGCCAAUUCAAAGUCAGCAAUAUUACCAACAAAAUACAACUAGUAGUACAGGAUAUACUAGUUCUGCUUUAUAUCCACAAAAUAUGCCACAACAAAUAUUUCACACCUAUACUACUUCUACUAAUCCACCUGGUCAUGUAGAAAUUUUGGCAUCUACUCAGACUGCACAACAGAUUUAUUCACAUACAAAUAUUUCUGGAAGCACUGCUCCUGCAACUUCUCAGUCAUAUAUACAGCAACCAACUGGACAAGUUCAGACACAAAUACCAUCAGGAAUGAAUAUUCAAAGUUCAGUAGCAGUAACUCACGUACAAAAUGCUGCAACUUCUACCAUGCCUAGUAUUCAAAGUGCCCCUUCAAUGCUCUCUAAUACUGGUCAUCAAGCGCAAUCUCAACAAAAUAUAGUAGUGCAGUUGCAAUAUUCGCAAAGUGGUACUGUUAUGCCCACUUCUAUGCCCAUUUCUAUGCCUACUUCUAUGCCCACUUCUAUGCCUUUGACAUCAGGAAUAAGUGGUCCUAUACAGACAUCUGCUAGUGACAGAUCAUCUUUAACUAAACAAGAUACUAUGGAGUCGGUACAAUCUUUGCCAUUGGAUAUACAAUCUACUAUACAUCAAGAACAGAUGAAUACUCAGCAAAUGCCAAUUGCUAAUACAAAUACUGUACCACAACAACCAGUUGCAAGUGAUGGAGUUAUUUCUGAAAGUUCAGAAAAUGUUACAACUUCCGAAAGAAGUAGGGUUAAACGAUCUGGUACUAAACGCAAGAAGCCUGGUAUUAAAUUAACAGUCUUGUCAGUGAGUAGCGGAGAAGGACAAUCUAUGACUGUUGAGUGUCAGCUAGAUACUAGUAAACAAAAAACUGUUACAUUUAAAUUUGACCGAGAUGACAUGGUACCUACUGAUAUUGCUAACAAUUUGGCAGCUGAAAAUUUGCUACCACAAUCUCAGUGCGAAACAUUUAUCGAAUUAAUUGAAGAUAUCGUGAAACAAUUACGUUUAGAUCCGACGCGUGCUUUACCUUUAGUAGCCCAUGGUCCACCAGAUCAAUCUGCCGGUGGUAGUCCAGUUACAAGUCGUCGCCCAAGAGAUCGAGACCACAGUCUUGAUACAGCUAAGCAGGUGAGACAUGGCUCGCUAACUCGUCAAAGCAGUCACCGAUCGUCGUACAAAGUCCAUCGUAGGCACCGUUCGAGAGACGAAACUUCAAACACUUCUACUCCUACAAAAUUGUUGCCAAUCGAUCAAAUAAUUUCACAUAUUGCAAGUUCUUCUUUGGAUAAGCAACAAAAUGUUCCAACAACUGACAGCCAAGGGGUUACUGAAUGCACAUCAGCAGAAGCAUCUAGACGAUCAUCUACAUCUACUCAAAAUACUGAUACAUUGACACCAACUAAUAUUCCAAGUGAUCUCACUGAUCCUCAAGAAAGUGGAAUUUCUGUAACAUCUGCGGAUACUGUUUUGGAAGCGACUCAUAUCGUCCAAGAAGAUAUUAAUACUUACUCAAUUGCUCAAUUACCAACAACAUCUACUCAAAAUCAAGUAGAAGAUGUGAAUGCUUCUACAUCACAAACAAAUGAUUUAACAAAGGAUGAUACAUCAAAAGAAGUCAUAGAUAUUCAAGAAAAAGAUCUGAGUAAAGAUAUAGCAACAUCCGAUGCAACUUCUAUAGAAACGUCCACGUUAACUGCUGCACCAAUACGGAAGAUAUCUCGCUUCUUAGUUAGUCCCGUAGUUGAACAGAAACAACUCGCAAAUGAAACAGAACCUUCUGGUAUAACAGAAAAUAUAAAUAAUACUAUGAAGGUAGAUACCACAAAAACCGAAGAAACAGAAAUAAGUACUUCAGAUACACAAGUCAUGACAGUGGAACAACCAUCUAACGUUGACGUAAGUUUACCUAAUUUACAACAGCCUAUAGACCAAAUGGAUAGUACUCAGCAUACUUUACAACAACAAUUUAAUCAACAAACUGCUGGAGUUCAAAACAUUUCUCAGAUGACAGUAUCAGGGCAGUUACAACAAAAUAUAGGUGCUGUACAAUCAAAUCAACAUGUUAUAAUGCCUAGUACCCCAAUUAUACAGCAAGUAACUCAACAAGUACAUCAGUCGACUGUUCAAAACUUCACUGCAAUAUCACAAAAAGAAAUGCAAUCUCAACAAAUACAAACGAGCGGUUUAAAUACGCAAACACAAUAUCAAAAUCAAUCCACUGUGCAAUCGAAUAUUAUAAUUCAACAGCAACAAAUUGCUGUACAACAAAAUGUAACUCAACAACAUAUGCAAACAGAACAAAAUCAAUUGCAAUCUCAACGACCUGUACAUCAAUAUUUACCACAGCAACAUCAACAAUAUGUGAUACUUUCUGGACCUAUACCACAAUUGCAACAGUCUAAUGUAGAUGAAAGAAAUCGUAGGACUUCUAAUAUUUCCACUACAUCCAAUGUGUCAACAGAAUCUCAAUCUAUCGAGGUAGCUAAUAUUCCUGAAGAUAAAAGAUAUUCUACAAUGAUGUCUAAUACACCUAUUCAACAUGUACAACAUGUACAAAUUGUUCCACAAGAUAGUCCUACUCCUAUAACUAUAGCGCAAGGAGUUCAAGAUCUUGGGCAACAUCCAGCAAUGCCCCAAAAUAUUGUACAUGUUUCAGGAAAUGUACCUGUUCAUAUGCCAGUUCCUGUUACAGUGCCAGUUCAUCCUAUUGUUUCUACUGAAUCUGCUCAUAAAGUUGUGCUUAAACCAAAAGAGGUAUCUUCUACACUUCCAGAUUUAGCACAGAAUUUAGCUAAUAUCUUAUCUAAUCCAAAAUCAAAAUCUGCUACACCACAUGGUUUGAGUACUCAUGAACCAAAUAUUAACACAACUGCUGUUAAUACAACUGUUAUGGAUUAUAAACCUGCAUUACAAUCAGAACAAUAUUUUCAACCUAUACAACCUGAGAUAAAUCAGUUGCCAAUACAACCACAAACACAGCAAAAUUUUCCAAACCAAACUAUGCAUCAAGUUCAUCAAAGCCUGCAAAAUGUUCAACAAACAUUUCAGAGUCAGCAGUUGCCUCAUCAAAGUUCAUCUUUUUUACCACAGGGAGCUCAGUUAAAUGUUCCAUUACAAACUGAUUCUCAAUUACAAAUUUUACAACAAAAUGUGUCAACUCAUACGAUGUCUUCUCAAACAAAAUGGAUUGGUUCUACAAACCAAAAUAUAUUGCCUCAAAAUUUGACAAUGCGAAAUGUUCAGCCUAUACAGGCUCAACCACAGCUACAACAAGUAGCACCUGUCCAUCCACAGAUGCAGCAGAUAACUCAAGAUCAAGUUCACGCAGAACCUGCUUCUAUAUCUGAUCAGUCCCAUUUACAUUUAAAACUUCCAGAACAACAGCAAAUAGGAAAAAUUUUAGAUACAGAAGCUCAUGAUAGUUCAAGUGGUUGUGGGAUUAGACGUACGAGCUCUGAUUGUCAGUUAUUAACUUCGGAAAAUGAAAACUCAAGUCACGAUGUGACACCAGAACAUACACUUGUAGAAUCUGUAGAUCCUACUUUAUUUAUGCAACAACAAAUUUUGCAACAACAACAGCAGCAGCAACAGCAGUAUCAACAUCGUAAACUGAGUCAACAAAAUUCAUUGGAUAAAGUAUCAGAUAUAAGCAGCGUGGGAAGUACAAGUGGAACUGGGCCACAAACAAUAGCGGAUUUGCAUCAAAAACUUGUUCAAGUAACUAGUCAACCAUCUGAAUUAUUAAAUGUUGGCACACCACCUAUAAGUUAUCCAGCUACGCCUCACAGUCAUCAAGUAAUGGGAGGAUAUGAUGCAUACAUGCAUUCUUUACAACAAAAGUUGGUUAAUAUUGGUAUGCCAAUAUCAUCUUCACAAAAUAUAGCACAGGGUCCAUUAUCGCCUCAGACUACUAUACAUUCUACGAGUGCUGGUAUUGAUUCAAGUGUAGUGGCAAAUCCUGAAGGACCAAUAACAUAUCAAGAUGCUUCUUCACAAUCCAAUGUGGAAAGCUCAUUGGAUAGUCCUAUACCAGGAAGUCAAGGAGGACCUGAAAACAUGAGUCCAAGUAAAGAAAACAUAAAAGUACGAAUUCAAAGACCAGGAUCUCGCCUUCAGGAAUUAGAACAAGAAUUAGCAAAAAUUCAUCACAGAGGUCCAGUACUUCCAACAACUUCGCCUCAACCGUUAACACCUCCUGUACCUGUUGUUAAUCCUCCGUCGAUACAACCAGCGUUGCAACAAACACAAAAUUUAUUAACAACUGUUCCUUCAGUACCUGUUGCUACUGUUACACCAAAUAUUGUGCAGUCUCGCUCUGACACGAAUACACCCGUACAGACAGAACUACAAGAUUCUGUUUCUGAGAAACCUGCAACACAACCUGUUAGGAAAAUUUCAAGAUUUAUGGUAUCUAAAGUAGCAGGACCUCCAGGCUCUGCUACAUCAAAUAUACAGCAACAAGAAAUUAAACCGUGUCAUUCUGAUGAACAACAAAGUAAGAUAUUCAACAUGAAUGUAACAGCGGCAGCAUAUAUGGUACAGAAUCGAGAAGGAUCCAUGCCUUCAAUACAAACAACAUUAACAAAUAAUUCUCUACUUGCAGAGUUACAAUUAGAGAAAGAGGAACGGUUAUCAAUUUUAACACCAAGUGAAGAAUAUCAGUUACUUAUAAAAAGACAAACUAUGGAAUUAGAAAUACUUCAGCGAAGGCACCGAGAAGAAUUAGAACGCUUUCAACAACAACAACUACAAUUAUUAAUUCAGCAGCAACAACAAGCAAGUGCAUUACACCAUCAACAUCAUCCACUUCUUUAUCACACCGUAGCUACUAAUGCAGCGGCAGGACAAGGAAGAGCACCAGGUGUAGAUGAUCAUUUAACGUUUAGUACAGCCCCACAAACUCCAUUGCAAAAAGGCAUCAGCAAUUGUCCAGAUACCGAUGAAACAUUAAGGUUAGCCAUGCAGAAGCUUAAACAAACUCCACUUCAACUUCAACAGCAACAAACAGCAGCCAGCAUACAACAUGCUUAUGUUAUCCCAAUUCCAGUAGUGCCUUCAGAAAGUAUGCAGAAUAUUUCUGCACAACAGAAUAUCAAUUAUUCAACCGAAACCUCUGAUACAUCUGAUUCAACAAAUAAUCCUGUGAUUAUAAAUUCGAGUCAAUGUCAGUUUACACCAAUAAUACCAGAUGCGACAAACGUUACUUCUUCUGCAAGUGGAGCUUUAGUUGCACCAACACCAAUAUCAGGUUCUAUUGGAAGUGGAGGAUAUGUUCAGUAUCAUGAGGGUCCUUCGUUAGCAAACUUUCAAACAUUCAGUUGCACGUCGCAUGCUGGAUUCUUUCUACCAGCUGGAUAUCGUCUUAUAUAUGCGCCUACUGGGACUCCUCAAUCUCAACCAGCGACCCCUGCCACUCCACAAAUAGGAAGCUCACACGAUGGUACGCCUCCUACAGAACCUCAGCAUUGUUCUGAAAAUGUAACUAUUCUUCCUCAAGCAGAUCAAUAACGCAAUACACAAUUCAAAAUAUUCUAUACUUUCCAGUCAAUUUGUCCACAUAAUACAUUCUUUAUUUAACGUUGAAUAUUACUAUAAAAUUAUGUAUUAUUAUAAUUAUCCUUUAAUAUGAUAUGCUCCAACAUGAUUAUAUCGGUCAUACAUGAGGUGCACACAUAUGAAAGCAUAUAUAGGAUGUACAGAGCGAGUUGAUAAUGCUGUCUUAUUGAAAAAAUUGAUCGGUAUAAAAUCAGUUACUCUACAUAAAUUUAAGGAACUCAUUAACUGAUAUUAUACCGACUAGAGUUUAGUUAGGCAGCAAUAAUGAUGCCCCUUGAGCUUGAUGUGUUAUGACAUUUACGUAUAAAUGCAUAGAAGAUAUUCUUGUUACCCGCGCACCAGCAAAACAUUAAUAUUUGGUAUGUGCCUCACGAUUGAAGCAAGAUUGAAAUUAAAUAUUUCAAGGAUAUUUUGAACUGACGUAAUAAGUUUCUGAAUGGUAAUACGAAAACUGGGGAUAGAGGCCUCUACAUUGUAUAACUGUGCUUCGAUAUUAAAAGCAAAUCUUCCAUUAUUGGAAUGCUUAAAGGACCUUAAAUGCUCUCAAUCCUUCAAAUGGCACAGUCCAUAUUAGUACAGGCCUCAGCUAGUCUUACGAUCGAAAUGGCAUGUAGCCAUUCUGCUCGAUUAUAUGUAUAACUGUUAAUGUAUACUGAAUGCUUCAGAAAAGGGAAUGAAAAAAAGGAAAGAGAGAGAGAGAGAAAGAGAGAGAGAGAGAGAGAGAGAGAGAGAGAGAGAGAGAGAGAGAGAGAGAGAGACAGUAAGGAAGAAAGAACGUAUGUUUAUUUGUGUGUGUGGUGUGUGAAUGUGUCAAAUGAUGGAGGCAACAGAGAAAAAAUAUGAUUAAUAUAGUCACUGUUAUGCUUUAAUGUAUUUCUAGCGAUUUUACCUACUUCAAUUAAAGAGCAAGUGAUGUGUUACUAGUUAGCAAUCCUAUAUAUCUUAUCUACUUUUGAGUACUAUUACCAUCUUUUGCAAUUAAGUAUAAUUGUGUUUAGUACCUUUUACUUUAUCUAUUAUAUCUUCAAGAAUUUUAUUAAUAGUGAGAUAAAGAUUUCAGAAAGUAUACAAUCAGAAAACUGCAUUUCAGGCAAUUCAGUGACAAAUGAGAUAAAAGAUCAGAAAUUCAUCCAAAUUGGUUCUAUUAUAUAAAGACAAAGAAUUUUUAUUUUGUUUCUUCAUGAUUUUUUGUCUCAUAUGUCUAUAUAAACAUAGUUGCUUAUAAAAUAAAUCGCAAGAUCAUAAGUUUUGUUUGCUAAACUAUCCAUACAAUCUGUUAUUUUUAAUAAUUCUUCAUUGCUUUAAUCAACUUCUCAUCAUGCAUUGCUUUGCAAAAAUAUGUGCUUAAUAAAAUUUAUUGCAAAAGUUUAAAAUGAAUAAUAAGCACAUGUGGUAUAUUUGAUACUUCUGCAUGAUGCAGAAUGAAAUUUAUAUGUUGUGUAGUUAUAAGAACUUUUUUAAUAAUCAUAUCAAUUGCCUGGGAAUGACAAAAAUGCUAUUGUUACUCUCACUCCUUUCUUUUGUUCUCAUGCACUAUUCCAUUUGUUUUUUACUUUCAAUUAAUGGUAAUUUUGUUACCUUAUUCCUUUUGUACACCAAAAUAUAUGUUUUCUUAAACUAAUUUAAUGGUGAUGGGAUCCCUAAUCAUCUAGUAAUGAAAUUACUUUAAAUAUGAUCAUUUCUCUGUUAAGCAUCUUACUUGAAAAAUCUUUGGUGACAUGGUUUAACAAGUAUUCAAAGUGAUUUUUAAAUUUGAAAUUAAUUUGUGAUCAUUAAGAUUAGAAAACAUAUAAUUUAUAAUCAUUUCUGUGAAGAUAUUAUCAGGGAAGGCAUAACAUUCAAAGUAUGAUUCAAUAUAUUUAAUAUGAUACAUUACAUUUCUGUAUAAAAUCAUAAGUUUAUAAGACUUUCUAUGAAACAAUUUUUUUGCCAUUUUACCAAAGACGCCUAUCAUGAAUAUUAGGCAGUAUAUUGUAUAAUGAUUUUGAAUUCACAAACUACACUAGUCAACAAGGUUUUUUGAUUUGAUUCAAGUAAUAAUAUCAUAUUUUGAAAAUUUUAGCCAAUUCAUUUCAAAAAUUUUUAUUUAACAGAUUGAGAAUUAAAAUACUGUUACGUUGCUUUCAAUUUUAAUUUGGAAUGCAACUUCUUGUGGAAGCAAUCUGUUACAUAUUUUUUCUAUUCAGUAGAUAUUGUUACAUAACUGAUACAUUUUUGUAUGAAAAGUGUGAAUGCAAUCAUAUUAUAUGGAGUGUGUGCCAAAGUGUCAUUUUAAAAGGAAAUAUUAACUUCAUAUUAAUUAUAUCAACAAUUAAUUAGUAUAAUUAAAUAUUCGUUCACUUUAACCUUGAUUUUCUGUUUAUUUUCUUUUUUGUUUUACAAUUUUACUAUUGAUUUUACAGAACAUUUUAUCAAAAAAUAUAAAUAAUAUGUUUAUAUACUCUUUAAUUUUCUAAUAAGAGAAAAACAGCCUACAAUACAUGAUUAAAAUAAUUUCUUAUAUUUAUAAAAUCGUAUUUUCAUAUUCAGAAAAUGCGUUAAACUUAUACCUCAAAAAUAAUAAGAAUGGAAAAUAUUGUUGACUAGUGCUUCUUUCUAGUAGAAUAAUAAUAAUGUGGUAUUGGACUUAAUGGAAUUGAGCUUGAUAAAAAAUGGAGUUAGAUAUCACAAAAUAAUUUUCAGAGACUGCCUGCAAAAAUUAAAUCAAUUAAUAGUAAAUAUUUUCCUAUAUUCUGCAAUUUGCAUACAAUACUAUGUGGAUAAUAAUAAUAUUCUGUACUGAGUUUAGUUUCUCAAAUUUUUGAGCUAGAUUUACAGUAGGACAAAGGAGUGAGACAUUUAUUAAUUAUUAGAAGAUAAUUUUUAAAUGUGCAUGAAAAUAAUGAAAUUUUGCUCAAUAGAAAUAUGUUAUCUAAUUAUAUUAUAUGCAUUAUGUUAUCCAUUUAAAAAUCUUGAUAAUUUAAUUUAAUAUUAAUAAUUUAAAUUAUCGCUCAAUAUCAAUCAUUCAAAAGUUAGCCUAUUUAAUGUUUAUUGUCAAAUUCAUAUGUGAAAAUUUCUAUAUGUUAAUAAUCUUUUUCAAUUAUAUGAUUCAAAAUUAGAAUUUGAAAAGAUUUUUAUCCAUCAGUAAAUAUUUGAGAGCAAAGUUGUGCAUAAACAGAUAUAUGUUAGAUUUAACUUGAUUUCUUCACAUUUCUACAAGAAAUACAAAUAACCUUUUCUUGUUUGGAUUGAAUUUCGCUAGCUUUGCUUGUAGUCCUAUACCACAAAACCUGCUUUUGCUUAAAUUAUUGAUUAUUAACUUUAAAGAAAAUAAAGAAUUUAUAUAUAUAUAUAUAUAUAUAUAUAUAUAUACAUAUAUACAUAUAUAUAUAAAGAUAUGAUGAUACAUUAAAGUGUUAUUAAAGAAAUCUUGUGUAUCGUUCAUACGUGUCAUCUACAUUUUACAUAUGGCACUUAUUGCUUUUUUCUUACUUAUUUAAGCUUACUCUGAAGUAAACAAGUUUUGAAGAAAAAUAAAACUAUAUAAAUUUUUUGUGCUAACUAGUAUAUGAAUUUAAGAAACAAUUUUAGAAUUAUGUUUCUCAGAAUUUCAAGAAUAGAAACAUAAAGACUGAUUAGGUAAAACAAGGAUCAGUAAGCAGAUGAGUAAAAAAGAGAAAUCAGUGUUGGAAAUAUUUUCAUUUCUGCUAAUUUUUUAUUUUAUUGAUACACAUACAUGUGUAUAUAUAUUGGAUUGUAAUAAUAUUAUGCAAGAUUAGAGUAAACAUUUCAAAACUUGAUAAACUAGUAAAUAGUAAUCUCUUGGUGUAAGAAAUACUGAUUCUCUUCCGUGAAAAACAGGCGGGUCAACUUCCGUUUAUAUUAUAGUUUACGGUAUUAGCGUAAUGCAUUGUAGAUCUGCAGAGAAGUAAUGAACAUAUUCAUUGAUCCAUGAAUGAACAUUAUUUUUAUGUUUAGAUUGCAUAAUUUUUAGAAGUAUAAAAACUGAACUGAUGAAUGUGAAUAUUGAAUUACUUAUGAUUGAUAGAAUACAUUUUCAACAAUACUAUUGCAACAAAUACAUUUUUCAAUUUAAUGCAGUUUAAAACUUAUGUAAAUUUAAUUUCAGUGACAUUGCGUUAAAUUUUACAUAUUGUUCUUAAGUGAGGAAAUAAACCAAAAAUACAUAAAAGUUAUCAACCCAAAAAGAAUGAGGAAUGUGAAAACACAUGUAAAAAAUAUCAUAAAUGAAAAAUAUUAAAGCAAAAUGUAGAGAAAUACAGGUAUAAAAAUGUGUUUUUAAAUAUUUCCUUACUCUUUUUGAAAGUGCCAGAUUUUUGCAAGUUAGAUAAGAAAUACUUAUCAUUAUUCGUCUAUGUUAUACAUUGAUAUCAAUUUUUACAAGUCUUUGCUCUAAACACAUUUCAAAACUUCUAAAGUUGAAAAUGUGCAAGUGAUAAUCUUUUUUUUCAUAUUUAUCUCUUACUUGUGAUAAAACAAUAUAAUAUAUUAAAAUAUUGCAAUAUUUUAAUAUUUUUACAUUUUAAAAGAGCUUCUUACAUAUUACUCUCAUUUUAGUCCAAUAUAGUACAUCCGAAAUCGCAUUUCCAAUCACUUAGGAAAAUAAAUAACAAAGUUUCAAUAACUUUGUUUUAGAUCAUAAUAUUUAACUGGAUAUAGAAAAUGUAGAACAAAUAAGCUUUGGUUUCUUUUACAAAGCUGUUGUAAAUUUUAUCGAUUGCAGUUUAUACCUUCUUUUUAUUGAUAGCUUAUAGUAUUACAAAAUCUACAUAAAAAAAUGUGAUUUAGUUAAUAUGUUCUUUACUGAAAUAAUGUUGAUAAUUUGAAAUUAUAACCUAUGAUAAAAUUUUUAACGCUUCAUUAAUUUCAUUAAUAUUAUUCAUCUAUUUUUAAUUUGUUAAUAUAUAGUAUAUAUUUGAUCAUUAGUAAUUACAAAUUAUAUUCUGUAACAUGCAGCAAACAUAGUUUAAUAUGCUAUUCAAUGAUUGAUAUUACUUUGAAUAGAUAAAGGAACCCCUGACAAUUAUCUUUAUUUUAUUGCGUUCCUAUUGAUUUGAUCCAUGUCUGUUUUAUUACAUGCUCAUAAUGUUUGUACUAUGAUAAAAAAUACAGAAACAAGAAAUAGUUAUUAUAAUAUCAUAAUAAGUGCAUUCCCUUGCACAUGUACGGUAAAUAAGAAAAAUUGUCUGUGCUAAAGGAUCAAAGUCAAAGCAGUUGUAACCUUGAUGAGGAAAGUAAAUAAAUGAAUAAAGAAAAUGAUUACAAAAUA